AUGGUCGGAGCUGGAGAGCAGGGCAGAGAGCGCAAUAAGCGCCCAGUUGACACCAGGGAUCUGGGACACGAUGGCCGACAAAAGAAGCGGCUCCGAGGGGGCGAGACCCAACGACCCCCUCAGCCUAACCUAUCGUCAACGCACCAAGCAGGGACAUCCGCACCCCAUGUUCCGCCCAUCAUCAUCGACCUGACUGGUGAUGACGACGAGGAUAUUGUUCCCGCGCCCGAACCUGUAGCGCACGACAGUCGUGAGGACCUUAUUGUGUGCGAAAAGUCAAUCGUUUCUCAACCGUCUGCUGUAUCAAGAGCGCACAUGGUUCACGAGGAGCUCACACUUGAGAUAUCGGCAACUAUUAAAUCUUCCGCUGCUAAAGGCGCACGGUGGUUCCCUGUUAAGAUCGAACCUGUUGACGGGAUACUCAAAAUAUCCACGCUCGACUUCCAACCCAUUGGCUCAGGCGCUGCAGCUUGUUCCCCCGUUCUCGAAAGCGUGGCCACGCGCGCAAGGGUGGUCUACACUGCUAUCAUCAUAGUCCCCGAGAAUUAUCGGCAAUUACAGUACAUCAAGGCCGAUUUGAGAGUUGUCGUCUAUGGCUUCAUGUCAGAGAAGCUCAAUGUCGCCAGAAUGCUGGCCAACGGUGGCCUCUAUCUUCAGCAUCCGACACUGACUGAAUGUGAUAAGAGUGUACCUUACUUCAACCCGCAAUACCUACUUCGUCCAGGCGGUUCUAUGCCUCCGUUGGAGGAAUUGCCGAUUUCGGCUGGGUUCAGUCGUUCGGGAGCCGAGGUUCUGACGGAAGUCGAAAAGAACCGGUUGUUAGAAAUCUUCGAGUCUGCGCACGAUCCUGACGCAACAUUUGGUGUUCGUCCUAGCUUGCGGCUGCAGACAAUCCUCAAGGACCAUCAGAUCAGUGCUCUGGCCAUGAUGAUCGAAAGGGAAUGCGGAACAUACGACGAACCAGCGUUCCCAGCUCUGUGGACUCUAAAGGCUGACCCACGUGGAUCAAAGAGGUUUGUCUGGUUUGCCUACGUUUUAUCAUUUGAUGCUGACAAGGAAUUCAUCCGUGUUCACUCUGUAGAGAGACCCGAGCAGUUCAAAGUGUGGAUAGGCAACCCAGUCAGGGAGAAAAAGCCCUACGCCUUUCCUCGUCUACGUGCCCUGGUGAAGGCGACGUGCUUACGCAGAACCAAGGACAGCAUAGUGAACAGCUUGAAAUUGCCCAAGAAGGAAGAGAUCAACAAAGUCUUCGAGCUUGACACGGGUGAGAGGGAGUUGUACGACUUCUUCAGACGCCGAGCGGCUGUCAUAGCUCUUUCUAUAGAACGGGCUAAGAAGAGCAAGGCCAGACAAUCUAGGGUGACGAGCGGUUGGGGCUCCAGUACUGGAAGCAGUAUCCUGCCACUGAUUGGCCACCUUCGGCGCAUUUGCGACCAUGGCCAGAGCCUGCUUCCGGCUUCGGCCGUGCGCGCAUGGCAAGACAGGGAUAUCGAGGCUGCCCAAUGGGGAGAUAUGGCCAUGUGGUCUCAAAAGUGUGAUUCGUGCGGUACGGAAUUAGAAGAAGACGGCAGCGAUGUCCAGGCUUCUAUUGAGCUUAGCUGCGGCCAUGCUAUUUGCGCAAAGUGCCGCGGAAUGGACGGUGCAGAUGACAUCGAGUCAUCGGGAGUUUCGUGUCCAAAAUGCUCGGGCAGGUCACCCCUUCCCACGCCAAGCCAAAGCGUCGCUAGCGGCGAAUAUCAGCCGUCCGUCAAGAUUGUUGCGUUAAUGGACAACCUUCGUAAGGAACUCGCAACGACACCGAGCGAUGGCGGAGGUGUUUCUAGAAGCGUUGUCUUUAGUUGCUGGACUAAGAUGCUCGACUUCAUACAACGGGCGCUCGAACAGCACAACGUUAGCUUCAGGCGCAUCGAUGGACAGACAUCUCUAACCAGCCGCGCAGACGCGCUAAAAGCAUUUCGCGAAGACCUUGAUUGUAGAGUGAUGCUUGCCACCAUCGGCAGCGUCGGCGAGGGUGUCAAUCUCACAGCUGCGAACCAUGUCCACAUCGUUGAGCCCCACUGGAAUCCAAUGGCAGAGGCCCAGGCGGUUGACCGGGUCCAUAGGAUCGGACAAACGCGCAAUGUGACGAUAACUCGCUAUCUUAUCAAGGAUUCGAUUGAAUUCUAUGUCCGUGACGUUCAACAGGACAAGAUACGCCUCAUCCACCAGUCGCUUUCUGCAACCGAACUUAAACAGAGCGACGUUGACGGACAACGCUUUAAGAAAUUGCUUGCGUCACUCAGAUAA